UCUCGUUGUUUUUUUCUGCAUCUUUUGGUAAAGAAGUAAUUCUAUUUCUAACCGUAGUUUUGAACUCCUUACAUCAGUUGUGAAACAUUUUUUACACGUGAAAGGUAAGCGAUUGAGCAGUGAAUUUUAAUUUUGACUCGCAAACCCGUUGCUUUAUAAUUGAGACGAAAAAUAAAAGAUUCGACCGUGUGACGCCGGCGUGAGAAGUGAUUCUUAUUUGUGCAAGUUCGAAGAUACUCUGUAUAUUAAACUUCAGUUUGGAAUACCACUCGUACCACUGAAUCGUAGUUUCUAAUAUGCCUUUGACGCGGUUUCAUGGAAACCACGGUACUAACUUAGUCUUGUCCGAAGGUGGAGUUGUGGCAAGGCGAACUUGCAGCUUCGCCAACGCAAUAACGUUUAGCGAAAGACCACUGAAAGUCGGCGAAGUGUUUCUCGUCGAGAUAGAGGGACAGGAAAGAGGAUGGAGUGGUCAUCUCCGAUGUGGGCUCACCCAACACAACCCUGUUUUAAUGACAAACAAUGUGGAUGAUUCGAGUAAGCCGGAUCAAAUCAAGAUCCCGCAAUAUUCAAUGCCAGACCUGGCUAACAUGGGAAAAACAUGGAUUUUUGCAAUCACUAAAUCUCACAAUCGAGUACCUUCUGCAAACCGAGAGAAUGAGGAUUCCUCAACAUUACGUCCUGUACACCGUAAACCUUUCAUUGAGGACUUCAUUGGCUAUAUUCGCUGUGGAUCGGUCAAUAUUCCUAAACAUAUGCUAGUUGGGAAAGAUAAAAGUGGUGGGGAACUAGUGGCAACAUGUAAUGGAAGCAGGAUUGGUGUCACAUAUGAAAUUGUUGAUGGAGUUGCAGAGAUGCAUUUUCUCAUAAAUGGAGAGGAUCAAGGUGCAGCAAUUAUGGAUCAGGCUGAUUUGGAUAGACCAUUCUAUUGUGUGGUUGAUGUAUAUGGUACAACAAAGCGAGUCAGAGUAAUACAGCUAGCAAUAGUGAGAAUGCUUCAAGAGUAUUGCAGAGAUAUCAUACGAACUUUUGUGCCCGAGGAAGACGUUAUGAGGUUGCCAUUACCAACAAAAGUCAAAGAAUAUCUGAAAUUUCAAGUCUUGUAGUUUGUAAAUUAAAUUUUAGUUCCCUUUUUUAGAUCAUGGAAACCAUAAAUAAUAUUUUUCACAUAUAGUAGUAUGCUGUGCAUUAUUACAUAUAUACUGUAAAAACAUUAAUUUUUUGUUGGUAUUUAAUUUAACUAUUUUUAAAUUUGAUCACAUUCACUGGGUUUUUUAAGUUAACGAAUUUACCAGAAACAGUGAGUUUUAUUGUUAUUAUACAUAUUCACAUGAAUUUAAUUUCACCUAUCAUCGAAAAUAGCGAAAUUGAAACCUAGUGAUUAAUUAAUGCAUCUACAGUAACUUGUUUAUUACGCAUCAACUGUAAUUGCAUACACUUGUGUGAUCUGCAUGGAUAAUCUAAUUUAAGUUGGUGAUGAUGUGACAAUAAAAAGAUAAUGGUACAAAAUACUUGUAUUUAUUCUAAACUUAAUCAUAAUUUGUAAGUGAGAUUAAACAAAAUUUGUAACAUUCACUUUUUGGUAUUUACCAUUUUGUGCAAUAAAAGCUGGUAACAAAAAUA